GAUUUGCUCACACACUGCACAAUAUAAAGUGCGAAUGUUUCUCGAGCCGAUUGCAAUCGUCGGUAAAAAGUGUAGCCAGUCGAACGUUUACGUGAAGUUUAACCAUGGUUUUGCAGGCGGUGAAAAUACUUUUGAUUGGAUUUUUUGGAUUGGCAUUGGUUCGUGCACAGGAUGACGGUCGAUAUCGUCCAUCAGGCGACGAUGGAAGAUAUCGCGGGGACAAUGAUGGUCGAUAUACUGGCACCAAUGGCGAAUACCUUCAUCAAGGCGGUGGCGGCUCAGGAGGAGGAAAUUUAAUUGUAAGCAUUGGGAAUCGACCGGCACCGAAAGCCACUACAACAAAGUCUCCACCGCCGCCACCACCACCAACUCCACCCGUGUAUGUCAUUGAUCCUCAAGGAAGUGGCGUUGUUGUCAAUCAGGUGCAAGAACCCGCAACUUUAGGAGCAGCCGCAGCCGAUAUUCAAAUUCUGCGUCAAGAGCACGAAGAAACUGAAAAUGGAUAUCGUUAUGUAUAUGAGACCCAAAAUGGAAUACUUGCCGAAGAAACAGCACAAAUUGAAAAAACUGAAGAAGGCAAAGAUGCUUAUCGCAAAGUUGGCUACUAUCAGUAUCUCGGCGAUGAUGAUAUUUUGUAUCGAGUUGAUUAUGUGGCUGAUUCCAAUGGAUUCCAACCGACGGGAGAUCAUUUACCUACGCCACCGCCAAUUCCGCCAGAAAUCCAAGAACUACUGAAUAAUUUAGCAACCAAACAACCAGACGCCGCACAAAGAAGAGGAUUCUGAUUUUUGAAGAUAUUUGAACAUGAUUCGUGCAGUCGGCAUGUGGCCAAGCAGAUAUUGUUCUUUAUUGAUGCUAUACAAAUACAAAUGAUCGAAACAUUGUUGGAUGACCAAUGGUGCAAUGACUCCAAUGGUUCAUUUUACUUUGUUCCUCUUCUUUUCGUUCCUUUCGUGUAUUCAUGAUUCAAUAAAAGUGUUCAAAGCAACCGCAAAUCAAUAAACCAGGAUAAAUUUUC